AUGCCGAGUCCUCCAUCACAGCCCUCACAGGGCGCGGCGUCCGCAGAUCCUUCAGAGAACUUCGACCACGUCUCUGUUGGGUCACACGAUUUUUUACCCUCUGAGUAUCUAGCGAACGAUUCCACCGAGGGUUGCGAUACACCCAGCUCUUCCGAUUUUACACCGACAAAGCGAUUCCAGUUCCGCCCACAUUUGACAGUCAACGUCUACAAUACUGGAGGGGGAGGCUCGAGUUCGGGAACGAGUGAUGCGUCUACUAUUCAUGCCGAACGUUCUACCGAAAGGGAUGAAGUCAUCACUAAGCUCAAGUCUCAGCUAGCUGCUUUAUCACGAAGAGUCGACGAACUCUCCCAGGAACAAAAGCCAUCACCAGUUGUGAUCGAUAGUGGGACAUGGAGUACGAUUAAGGUCCGAUCAUGGGAGAACCCUCAGGUCCAUACAAAAGGACGUGUGAGCUUCUCAAAGGAUUUCAAGACAGCCCCAACUGUUAGCGUCAGUAUAUCAGCGGCGGACGUGUCCAAAGAUGCGAAUUUCAGGGUUAAGGUGUACGCGACAGCGGUAGACGCGACAGGGUUUACUGCUCACGCCGACAGUUGGGCGAACACCAAGAUGCAUUCUUGUCAAAUAUCUUGGAUAGCUAUUGGAUCUUGA